AUGUUUUCGAUUUCGACUUUGCCCGCCAAACAGUCUGUUAGCGAAACAAUAACCGUUCUCAGCAGACGCCUGAGUUCCGCAACUCUUCUCGAGGAUCGAAGAGCGGCGAUUCUUGGCCUGCGAAGCUUUGCUAAAGACUUCCCAGCAUCUGUGGCCUCCGGAGCAUUGAGAAGCCUGAUCGGAAGCCUAGCUAAGGAUAGCGAUGAUGUCGACACGGUGAAGAUAGUCCUGGAAACGCUGCUAUUGCUUUUCAGUCCCAAUAAGAAUAGCCCUGAAGCCUCCGACGAGAUAGUUCUUUGGCUUGCAGAUGAAUUCACGCAACGCCAAGACAAUAUAACACGUUUGCUAGACUUCGUCGAAUCGAACGACUUUUACUCUCGGCUCUACUCGCUCCAACUUCUUUCUGCCAUCCUUUCAGCGCGUCCUUGCCGAACUGAAGAAUGCUUGUUCACUGCGCCGCUAGGCAUAAGCAGGCUUGUCGCUGUUCUCGAUGACAAACGCGAGGCGGUACGAGAUGAGGGCGUUGGUCUUCUGAUCUCACUUACGCCAACAUCGACAGAAUUGCAAAAACUUGUUGCUUAUGAAAAUGCAUUCGAACGAAUAUUCGCCAUAAUAGACGCGGAUGGUUCGCUUGUGGAAGGAGGAAGAAAUGUGGAGGAUUGUUUGAUUCUGCUGGCCAACCUGCUACGUCGAAACGCCUCGAAUCAGUCAGUUUUUCGAGAAUCUGGUUGUAUCACUAAGCUAUCCGCUUUACUAGAAGGGUUGCUACAGGCCCAAGUUCCCGAAGCUGACAUCAACAUCGCGCUUUGGGCUAAAACCCAACGUGAUCGCAAUAUCUAUGCAUUUCUCGCCGUUCUCCGCCUUUUCUUGUUACCCGGGUCGGCUGGAGUUGUACUCAACCAGCAGGCGUUUUGGAAACAAGGCGUUAUCUACAACCUUCUUCAGCUGGCCUUCUCUCACGAGGAGCGACAGAUUGCCAUAAAAGCAGAGGCUUUGGUCACUUGCGGUGACAUGAUCCGAGACUCGAAAGCUUUGCAGGAGAGUUUUGCUCAGCUCAUGGUUCCUGCUCCUUUGCUUGUCGAUGACUCAGGCGGGACCCCGACUGAUGGGGUGGGAAAGACCUACGUUAUCGACGGUUUAUUGGACCUGACACUCAACUGGUACGAUCAGUCAGUGUUCAAUCUUCGAUAUUCGGCCUGCGAAUGCCUCAAGGCUUACUUCUCGAAGCACUCAGAGAUAAGGCUUCAUUUCUUGUCAAGAGCAAUUGAUGGGUAUAUGGCAGGAACUGAGGAAUCCGCCAACAUCUUGACUGUUCUGUUGACAACAGACCAAACGAGGCUCAUUCGUGACCCUUACCGUCAAUGGUUUGCUUCAGUGAUUGCCUUCCACCUGCUUCAGGAUAAUUCUACUGCAAAGGCGAAGCUACUCACUGUAACGGAAGGAGAUGCUUCCAAAGGAGAAGAAGUUGUCACCUGUAUACAAACAAUUUCUGCUCAUUUGAUUACAGGAAUUUUUCGGGGGGACAAUGCUCGAGUUUUAGUAGGGUAUCUCAUGCUGCUCCUGGGCUGGAUCUUUGAGGACCUCGAUGCUGUCAAUGACUUUUUGGCGGAAGGGAGCAACAUACAGAGUCUCCUUGAAAUCGUCUCGCGGCCCGUCCUAUCUGAGGGGGAGGGGGAGAUAGUUCAGGGGCUUUGCGCAUUGCUGUUAGGAGUCGCCUAUGAAUUCUCAACAAAGGAUUCUCCACUUUCGCGAACAAGUUUUCACGCAAUUUUAUCCAACAGAUUGGACCGGGAGCAUUACCUGAAUAUUUUAAUACGACUUCGAAGUCAUCCACUGGUAAGAGACUUCGAAGUGACCCCGCAAAAGCACCGUCCGUCGACUGGUAACAGCCUCCCGGACAUCUUUUUCGAUGCACUGUUCCUUGAAUUUCUCAAAGACAACUAUAGCCGUAUUGCAAGAUCGGUUGACAGAGCGCCAGAGCUGGAGAUCUCCUUUGUCACCAACGGUGUUCAGAAGGGAAUAUCGAGAGAACUGGUAGAUACACUCCGUGGUAAAAUUGAGGAGAAGGAUCGUUCUUUGGAAGAGUCAAAUGUCAAGCUAGUGUCUCUCGAGGAUGCCCUUCAUCGGCGUGAGGCUGAGCAUCGACGAUCAAUUCAAGUUGCGGCUCUUGAGGUCUCCAAGCUGAAGGCAGCACUGGAUGACGCAGAACGAAUCCACGAAGAAAAACUUAGACUUUUGAGUCUACAACAAACGGGGAAAGACGCGGACUACGAACGACACAUCGCAACUGUAAAAGCCCAGUUUGCUUCAAGUGAGAUCCAACAUAAGAACGAACUUUCACAAGCACAAGAGGCAGCUCGAUCAGAAGUUGAACGAAUCCAGUUACGAGCCGAAGCAGAGGCGGCUAAUCUUAAGGCUUCAAUCAAUCGUCUCGAGGUUGAUUUAAUCAAGGCUGAGAAAACAAGAUCACUCGAGCUACAAAGUCUCAAGGAAGAAAACGCUACGCUUCUAGCCCUCGAAAUUGGCAAGAAGAGGGAAGCAGAGGAACGAUGCAUAGAAUUGCAAGAAAAGCUUGGCAAGACAGUUGUCGAAAGAGAUGGGUUGCAAGAAAGGAUUCAAUCAAUCGAGACAACGUAUAGACGCGAGUCAGCGGCCAGGGCCUCAACGCAGUCUGAGCUUGAUGACUUGCUGAUCGUAUUUGGCGACUUGGAAGAGAAGGCUGCGAAAUAUAAGGCCCGGCUUCGAAAAUAUGGUGAGAUCGUAUCAGAUAUUGAGGAUGAGGGUGAGGAUGAGGAUAUGGACGAAGCCAAUGAGAAUGAAGAGUCGGAUUUGGCCGCGGCAAAUGGUCGACGACAUCGAAGUCUGGACGCAUCAGAUGACGGAGUUGAUUAG